GCUACAGCAUUAACAAAAAUAUCCCUCCAUUAACUCUCCAACUCCUCUUCCUCUUCCUCUUCUUCUGCCUCUUCAUUUCCAAUUCCGGCUUCUUCCUCGCAUCACAAAAUUCCGAUUGCGGCGCAAUUUCAGAUUGCUUGCUCCAGGGCGCAAAUGGUCAUCAUCAGCGGCAGCAACUUCCCAGCGGAUUCGUGAUCCUUCCGCGAUGAAGCGGUUCUUCAGCGUCGCGCCGCCGGCCACGCUGGUCUUCUUCUUCGUGCUGAUAUUCGUCGCCGGUGCAAUUGUUACGCUUGAUCAUAAGGAGAGCCUGGCCAUACUGCAGCUGCAGCCAAGAGGAGUGAUCGCAGCAGAGCAGAUGAGGCCUCCAGCGACGAGCGAGCUGCGCGCUGAGCCAGCAGCAGAGGAACCCGACAUCUGUGAGAAUAAAUGUAGGCCUGCAGGCAGCGAGGCGUUGCCGAGGGGCAUCGUGCAGGACAAGUCCAACUUCGAGAUGGAGUCGCUGGGUGGCAACCCUGAACGGAAGGAGAAGAAGGGCAACGGCAGGCACUCGAAAAGCCUCCUCGCCAUCCCCGUCGGCAUCAAGCAGAAGGCGAUCGUCGACAAGCUCGUAUCCAAGUUCCCGGACACCAAUUUCAUCGUGAUGCUGUUCCACUACGACGGCGAGGUGGACGGGUGGCGAGACCUGGAGUGGUCGGGCCGCGCGAUCCACGUCGGCGUACGCGACCAGACCAAGUGGUGGUUCGCCAAGAGGUUCCUGCACCCGGACCUGGUGGCGGAGUACGACUACGUCUUCCUCUGGGACGAGGACAUCGAGGUGGACAGCUUCGACCCGCUCCGGUACCUGCGGGUCGUGAGGGAGGAGCGGCUGGAGAUCUCGCAGCCGGCGCUCGACCGGCGGUCGCAGAUCCACCACCGGCUCACGGCGCGCGCCGCGCGGAGCGGGGGCGUCCACCGGCGGUACUACAAGACGAGCGGGCACGGCCGGUGCUACGGCAACAGCACGGGACCGCCGUGCGCGGGGUGGGUGGAGAUGAUGGUGCCCGUGUUCUCGCGCGCGGCGUGGCGGUGCGCGUGGCACAUGAUCCAGAACGACCUCAUCUACGCCUGGGGCAUGGACUACAAGCUCGGCUACUGCGCGCAGGGCGACCGGAGCCGCAACGUCGGGGUCGUCGACAGCCAGUACGUGCUCCACCGGGGCAUCCCUACGCUCGGCGACGGCGGCAAGGCGACGGCGACGGCUGCCGCGUCGGCAUUGGGGACGGCAGACCGGUUAGCGGUCAGGCAGCGGUCCUACACCGAGCUGCAGCUGUUCAACAGGAGGUGGAAGAAGGCCGUGGCGGAGGACGGGUGCUGGACCGACCCUUACCCGAACCCGGCGACGACCACCGGCUGACCGUUGGACGGAGCGAGGCAGCGCAGGGAAGUACAGUAGUUGGUAGCUGUCAGAUUGACCUUGCCUAGAAGAUGGUAGUAGAUCAUACACUCGCAUUAAUUUACAGGUUCACAGAGAGCUAUACAUAUAAUGUACAGAACUACAGAUUGUUUUUUUUCCUGUCUCUUGCCUGUGAUCCAUACAAGGGAAUAAGCGUGCAUGAAUAAAAGAAAUUUUGAAAA